AACAUCAAAUAUUAUGAAUAUUAAAAAAUAUUCAAGGGAAAUCAAACUCAAUAACAGAAAUAAAAAUAAUAUCAAAUACUCGAACAGAAAAACAUAGCUUCAAAAGACAAACAUCUAGAGAAUCUGAUAGAGUCAUCGAGUGAUACAAUAUUAAGGACCAUGAUGAAAAGCACUGAGAAUGUGCGACUAGCCGAGGAAGGGGAACUCCCGCCCGUUGCCGUGAAACUGAAUAUCUGGCACAAGAUACUUUUCUAUUUCGUGGGUCUCACUGCGGCCUUGACCAUUUGCCUGUUGAUCCGAUUAUCCAACAAGCUGGCUGCCGAUGCCCAACGAAAGGCGAUGGUGCACUUUAAAGAGAUCUCGAACCGCAUCGGCCACCGCUUCGACAAUUAACGCCGAUCAGUCUCGAUCAGACACCCAAAUAUUUAUAUUUGCUAAAAGUAACAAUUCGCCCACAUAGAACUCCUACUACUUAGGGUAAAAAAAAGUGAACAAGUGAUCCAUGUGCGAGCUAAACAAGCCGCAAUUACCAGAGUCGUGGACCUCCACGGAGCUAACCACAGAGUGAUGACUCAUUAUUCACGAAAUGUUCACGAAAACAUUUGCAUAAAUCAAGAUAAUCAACUUUGAGUACUCUUCUAAUAAAACGUUCGUUAAGAUUGCAGUGAA